GCGCCGCCCACAGGGCCGCACGCGGAGAAACCGGCUCCAGGUGGUCUCAGGCUUUGGCUGCAGUCAUGGAUCACUGUUACGAUAAUGAAUCUGUGAGCUUCUUCUACAACCACAGUGGGAAGCAUUUGAGUCUGUCCUGGCAGCCCAAGGACGUGGUAAUGGUGGUCCUGGGGCUUACCGUCAGUGUAGUGGUUCUACUGACCAAUCUGCUGGUCAUUGUGGCCAUAAUGUCCAACCGGCGGCUACACCUACCCAUUUACUAUCUGCUAGGGAACCUGGCUGCAGCUGAUCUGUUUGCAGGAUUGGCCUACCUGUUCCUCAUGCUGCACACAGGCCCCCGAACAGCCCAGCUCUCAGUGAGGGUCUGGUUUUUGCGACAGGGUCUGCUGGACGCUAGCCUCAGUGCUUCUGUUGUCAACCUGCUGGCCAUCGCAGUGGAGCGGCACCGCAGUGUCAUGGCAGUGCAGCCACUGAGCCUCCUACCCCGGGGCCGUGUGUUGCUGCUCAUGGCUGGCAGUUGGGUAGUUGCGCUGGGCCUGGCACUUUUGCCCUCCUACUGGAACUGCUUGUGUAACCUGGACCACUGUGCCCGCCUGGCCCCGCUCUACAGCCGCACCUUCCUGACUGCCUGGGCCCUUGGGAACCUGCUGGCCUUCCUGCUUAUGGCAGCUGUCUAUGCACGCAUCUUCUUCUAUGUUCGAAGGCGCAUGAAUCGCAUGUCACAACACGCUGGCUUCCACCCACGCUACCGUGAGACCACAGUUGCUCUAGUCAAGACAGUGGUCAUCAUUUUGGGGGCAUUUGUGGUUUGCUGGACACCUGGACAGGUGGUAUUGCUUCUGGAUGGGCUGGGCUGUGACUCCUGCAAUGUCUUAGCUGUGGAGAAGUACUUCCUGCUUUUGGCGGAGGCUAACUCACUGGUCAACCCAGUUGUAUAUUCAUGUCGGGAUGCUGAGAUGCGCAGUACCUUCCGCCGUCUACUCUGUGGCUGCUUGAGGAGCUCUUCCCGCCACAUGCCCCAAAAUGGGCCAAGACCUGGAAUGAGGAUCAAUCUUCCUGACAGUGGCCAUCCCCUGGUGGAUUCUUCCCUUUAGCUGUCUCUACACCAAUAGGACAGGACUGAUAACUGUGAUUGGGGUGGGAACUGACUGCUGCGAACUGGGGUAAUGAAUAGUGAACUGUCUCUAAGGCAGGCUGAGACUUAACCCCUUCAAAUGAGAUGAAACCGACUACUGGGGCCAUAGACUAUCAAGGUCAGGGCCAGUAUCCACCAUCAAUUUGCCUUGAUGUAACCUUAGGGUUGUCUGUAGCCCCCUACCCCCACCCCCACUUAGUGGGGAGAAGAGAGAUGCUUCUAUUUGACAAUUUUACAAACAUUUGACUAACCCUUGGGGGCUGAGACAGGGCUCCCUUUAAUUCUUGGUUUGGACAUCGUGGAUAUGCUUCCCAGAUCAAAGGGAUUAAUUAAUAAGGACCAUGGAUUCA